AAUGCAGGCCCACUGGAAAAUAGCACCUUGGCCUUGAUGUUGCCAAUAAUUUACCGAAAUUUCGACCAGAAGAAACUCUGCUGGGCACUUCUGCACAACUUGGGGAAGAUGUGAAAGGAAUCGCCUCCUGAUCCUCAAAGGGAUUCUUUUUUCCUUGCCAUUUGUGGAAUAAAUAAAGAAGAGAGAUGAUAUGGAAAGCAGUUGUGCUGCUGGGCUGUGCUUUGGGCAUCAGCACAUUCCCCAUGGAAGAACCUGAAGAUGGAGGCAAGCACUGGGUGGUGAUUGUUGCAGGCUCAAAUGGCUGGUACAACUAUCGACACCAGGCAGACGUGUGCCAUGCGUACCAGAUCGUACACCGAAAUGGAAUUCCAGACGAACAGAUCAUUGUCAUGAUGUAUGAUGACAUUGCUGAUAAUGAUGAAAAUCCAACAAAAGGCAUUGUCAUCAAUAGACCUAAUGGCACAGAUGUGUAUGCUGGAGUGCCCAAGGACUAUACAAAGGAGGAUGUUACUCCAAAGAAUUUCCUUGCUGUUCUCAGAGGAGAUGCGGAAGCAGUGAAGGGAGUGGGGUCAGGAAAAGUGUUGAAAAGUGGUCCCAAGGAUCAUGUGUUCGUUUAUUUCACUGAUCAUGGAGCUCCAGGACUUCUGGCUUUUCCUGAUGAUGAUCUUCACGUGAAGGACUUGAAUAAGACUAUUUGGUACAUGUAUCAUCACAAAAAAUACCGGCAGAUGGUGUUUUACAUUGAAGCAUGCGAGUCUGGAUCUAUGAUGAAUCAUUUGGCUGAUAAUAUAAAUGUUUAUGCAACAACAGCUGCCAAUCCCAGAGAGUCAUCUUAUGCAUGUUACUAUGAUGAUGAAAGGCAGACUUAUCUUGGGGACUGGUACAGUGUGAAUUGGAUGGAAGAUUCGGAUAUGGAGGAUCUAAGAAAAGAAACACUCCACAAGCAGUUCCAGCUCGUGAAGAAACGCACUAACACCAGCCAUGUGAUGCAGUAUGGAAACAGAAGCAUCUCCUCCAUGAAAGUGAUGCAGUUCCAGGGCAUGGGGAAGAAAGCUGUCCCCAUUUCUCUGCCACCUGUAGAACGCUAUGACCUGACUCCUAGUCCAGAUGUGCCUCUUGCAAUCAUGAAACGAAAGCUGAUGGCUACCAAUGACAUUCAUGAGGCUAAGAAGAUUGCUGCAGAGAUGAAAGUACACCUGGAGGUGAAAGAAUUUAUCCAAGAAUCUAUGCGAAAGAUCAUCGUGUUAGUAACAGGAUCGAAAGAACAGACCAACCAAAUUCUGUCAGACAGACUGACCCUCAGCAAUUAUGACUGCUACCAGUCAGCGGUGAACCACUUCAAAGCUCAUUGCUUCAACUGGCACUUGGCCUUGUAUGAAUAUGCACUGAGACAGCUGUAUGCCUUGGUCAACGUUUGUGAAGGUGGAUACCCUAUAGACAGAAUACGCCUGGCCAUGGAUCAAGUGUGCCUUGGGUAUUGAUGGAAACAACAAUCCUUAGUAUAACCCUUACUACAAGUGAUAACUUUUCAUAACUGUAGUAACCCAGACUUUCCAUGCAUGCCAACAUGAAGGGUCAGCCACUCUACUGGAACUGUGCUGGGAGCCCAGGCUCCUGACCGUGAGCAACGCAGCCAGCGUUCUCCCCUGCACCCCCGCCUGCCGACAGCCCGCUGGUUGGACACGGGCGUUUUGGCAAACACCUGGAGCUUUCAAGAUGGAUGGUUUGUUUCAAAGCACAAUGCUCUUAAGAAUCUCUGGAUGAACACUACAAGCCACCUAUACCUAUCAGUGAUUGUGAAAUCUAUGCUAAAUUUAAACAUUAAGUCAUUAAUCCUGAAAAAAAUUUUUACACUAUUGCUAUUAGCUUUUUACCAAAAGUUAACGAAUUCCAUUACAGUGACUAAUUUGCGGAUUGGUUGAAGAGUGAAGAAACCAAAGCUUGUUCUUUAAGCUUUAACUCCUUAACAGUUUAAAGAAAUGAGUUGCAUUUAAGAACUAUCAGAUGUGAACAGCGCAGUUAAACUGUGAACAGUAACAGUCUUUGUGGGUAGAAAGCACUGUUUCCCAAAGAAAAAACCAAAUAUCUAAUGCUGUAAAUCUAGCACUAGUAUGCUAUAAUUACAUGUAUAUAUACAUAAACCUGUGGGAAGUCAUAGAGUACGGCAACUGCCUGUGAAUAAAAAUAAAGUUGACAGUUUAAUCAGCCUACAGGGCAAUACAGUGUAA